AUGGCGAACUGGCGGCCACCCCCCGAUUCGCCGGGCUACAUUCUCGAGAAACUGAACAUCGCGCUUCUCGUUGUCUCCUCGGUUACGAUAAUCGCAAGAAUAGGCACUCGGAUAUUUAUUCUUCGGUCGUUGGGAUGGGAUGAUUUAAUCGCAGGCGUUGCAUUUUUUUUACCUACAUUCUCGUUGUUGUUCUUUGUCGAAAUCGGCAUGAUACGCUUCUCCGUUAUCGCCUUCUACAUGAAGUUCAGUAGUGACAGAUGGUACCGUUGGGGUUUGUAUGCUCUGGCGUUUAUAAACCUCUCCGUGACGAUGGUUGUCUUCUUUGUUUACCUCACAGAGUGCGAACAUAUCCCCGACCUAUGGGAUGUCACGGCCCCAGACCGACAUUGUAUGAGUAAGGCAGAGGAAAGAAAAUUACUUUGGUCGCACGGGAUUACGGGUGUUGCUCUCGACCUUGGCCUCCUUGUUCUACCCGUGACGCUUAUCUGCAUCAUUAUGAAAUUCUCGAAGAAGAGGGCCCAAGUGCUUCUUGUCAUCUGCGUCGGUUUAUUGGCUCUCAUCGCAAGCAUUAUGCGUGUCACCUACCAUAUAAUGAUCGAUUUCUCUACGGACCCGACAUAUAAGCUGUACCGCGUCGGCAUGUGGGUGGACCUGGAAGGUAAUCUUGGACUCUGGACAGCCUGUUUCCCCGCCCUCCAGCCUCUUUUUCACCUAAUCAGCGAGAAAUUCCAUAGCAUGCAUGGGUCAAACAGACACGAGAAGAAACUGAGCAGUACACCUAGCCUGCAUAUUCCUUCUAACAUAGGCACUACUCGAAGCAGCUCGGCUAACGCGCAGGGGAGUUUCGUAUAG